AUGGCUUCAGUGCGAAGGUGCCACCAAAAUUUUCUCCCAAGAUAUGCCACUUUAUCCUUGGAGUUCAUCAACUACAUAUUAUCAUGUUCCUUGUUAUACACACAUCCUCUUUGUAAGGGAGAUAAUUGCAAUGAUGAUGGUCAAUGCACUUACGUAGCACGCUAUAAGACUGGAUCAGUUACAUCUGGUAUUUUUGCCAAAGAAAAACUCACUUUACGCUCUGAUACCGGUAGCCUUGAAAGUAUGGAAUUACACAUGGGUUGUGGUUUUCGCCAAAAGAAUUUCGAAAAAUUUAUCGGCAACAAUCAUUUAUAUGGAAAACAGGAUCUUAUUGCAGGAAUACUCGGCUUAGGAUCAGGACAGUGGUCUUUUCUAAAUCAACUAGGUGUUGCUGGACAAGGAAAAUUUUCUUACUGCUUCCAGACGUUUAACCCGAAUACUAAGGGAUCAGAAACAUAUUUAAGGUUUGGUUCAGAUGCGAUAAUUGGAGGUGCGAGUCAAAAAGUACAUACAACUCCAAUAGUUAUUCCUGAGUUUCAAACUCAAAAAUAUUAUUUAAAUCUAGAAGAUAUUAGCGUAGGUAAGAAAAGAGUAAGAUUUCCUAGAGGUACUUUCAAGCUUCACAGUCAAGGAGAAGGCGGUACUGUCAUAGAUUCUGGUGCUCCAAUAUCCAUUAUGUAUAAAGAUCAUUUUGAUAGAGUUGUAGAUUUGGUAGAUGAAUAUUUUGACGAUCUCGGAAUUAAAUAUAUUGGCUCUCACCAAAAUUUUGAUAUGUGUUUCGGCUUACCGGGAAGAUUUGAUACUAGUAAAUAUCCUUCCAUAAUACUUCAUUUUCAACAAGUCGACUAUGUUAUUCCAGAUUAUAAAGCUAAUUUUAUAAUAUUUGAUGAAAUUGUUUGUUUAGGUAUUUUUCGAGGAAAUACUAGUAAACCAGCUUUUGUUUUAGGAGCAAUGCAACAAGCUAACAAAAGGAUUUUAUAUAAUGUUAUGGAUCGCUCACUAUCGUUUGCUACAGAGUACUGUGAAUUUGACUCAUGA